AUGCCUAAUCACCAUUACGAGUCGGUCUAUACUACGACUGGCGAGGUGUCAUCGCUAAGAGAUGUUUCUUCGAGAUGGAAAGUGGCAGCGGCCUGUUUUGGUGCUUUACAGCUGUUGGGAUAUAUGAUGCUGGCCAUCGUGAUCGGUUACCCUCCUCAGGAACUACAACUCAACACCGCGGUGUCGACGUAUUGCGCAUUCUUCUUGAUCGGAGGGUCGUGCUGCGGAUUGGUAUGGAUUGCUUGUGUUCAAAGGAAGCACAAACGCUUCAUAAACCAUGCCCUGCUCAUUCCAUAUGCCACCUUCAACACCCUCGCACUCAUCAAUAUCUUACUGCACAUCCUAGCACACGAUCUCCACUUGAACACCCUGCGACUUGUAGGAAUCUGCCUACCAACUGCCUUCUCCGUGUGUUAUACUAUUGUUGCUUUGUUGAUAUACCGCGACUAUCACCGCGAAGCGGAGAGCAGCAGGCCGCUCCUCAGUGACGAGGAGCUGCAACGACUACAGCUGCUUCGUCUGUUGAAGAAACAAAGUUCAAGUGCUCCAUCUGCUGAUCUUGUGCGGAAUACCUACCGAUUUGACCUGCCUGAUGAUGAUGAUGGAGAAACGCGUAAUCCUGGAAAUGGAACCCACUGA